AUGUCGGCGAAGAGGUCGGCUGCGAGCCCCGACGAGGAAGAUGAAGACGACUUGCCCCAGAAGAAAAUCAAGCAAGAAUCCCUUGAGCCUGUGCCUCUACCGGCCGUUCCGCUGUGGUCUCUUCRUCCCGAUGCUGUGCCUGUUGGCACCAAGAAGAUAUAUGCUAUCUUACGUGGACGCAUUCCAGGUUUCUACUACGAUUGGGAUGCUGCAGAGCGACAAUGUAAAGGAUUUCCUUCCGCGCUCCAUGAGUCGUUUCCGAAGGGUAAACCCAAGAGACUCGACUCCGACAUCUUGGAUCAGGUGGUCCGUGAUGCAGUCACUUAUAUGAACCACGACUCCAGCAAUUGCAGGUACAGCUGUCACAACACCAGCAAUUGUGUUCAACCUAGGCAAGUCGUCCAGACCUCGCAGCAAAACUUCCAGCACAUCGAUGCUGUCGCAUCUCGACCGAGGAGGGAUCGGCGCUCGUGUAGAGCGUGUGGGACACUUCCGCUCCUUGGCCGGCGAAAGGUCUGUUCGGACUGCCCGGCAUUGGACCAUUUUUUGACCAAAGUGCGAUCGUGUGCGGGUAGAUUUGAACUUUGCGAUGAGCAAGUCAAAUUGUUGGAGUCUAUUGCCAUGGGAGAUAAUGUCUUCUUCACCGGCGCAGCUGGCACUGGUAAGAGCCGGGUUCUCGAGGCAUUUUCAGACCUCUUUUCGAGUAUCGAAAUCGCCGGUCAAAUCUUGGCACCGACAGGAAUCGCCGCGCUCCACGUUGGCGGUAUCACAAUACACGUUUAUGCUGGCUGGUCUGUCAAACUAUCCCAAGCUUCUCGGGGGGAGCUGCGCAAGCUUGCGGGAGAGAAGAAAGUGUAUAACCGAUUCAGGAACACAGAUGUGCUUGUCAUUGACGAGAUCAGCAUGGUCGAAAGUGACACCCUGUCUCGACUUUCGUGCAUGAUGCAAGAGGCAUUGACACCUGAUCUCCCAUUCGGAGGUGUUCAGGUAGUAAUCACAGGCGACUUUUUCCAGCUGCCACCGGUACUACCCUUUCGGACCUGCAUCGAGUGUGGCGAAGUUUUAGAGCGCUCGAGCGGAAACUCCAGCCCCGGAACAUGCGCAUCGCAUGGUCACUUCCACGACGCAGACAAGUGGGCUUUCAAGAGCAGCGUGUGGCAGGACUGCCAAUUCAAAAAUGUCCAGCUUGUGACGGUACAUCGUCAGCAAGAUCCACACUACACCGAGAUCCUGCACUACGUUCGCAAGGGCGUUAAGUGGUCACUGGAACAGGAGAACUUGCUUUUCGAUCACUAUCACAACGUCGUAUUCGAUGAUGCCGUGAAGCUCAAUCCAUUGCGACAGCAGGUUGACACGAUCAACGAGACACAUAUGGAGCAGCUUCAAACCCCAACCCAGCGAUACCAGAGUGUGGAUCACUUCCACUGGGAGAAACAUCACCCGGAAUAUCAGGAUCGUAAGAUCACUGCAUCCUUAUCUCAGCAUCGUUAUCAAGAUGAGCUCGAGUUGAAGCAAGGCAUGAAGGUGCUUCUGGUCGCAAACCUUGAUCAAGAACGUGGACUUGUCAACGGUUCAAGUGGAAAAAUCAUUGGCUUUGAAGAGAUGACUGACGCCAAGCUACCUCGCGCAAAGAGAAAGGCAAAUGACACUUCGCUUGAUGGCGAGCCACUCAUCACGCACAAGCACAAACGGUAUGCUCAAGAACGAGUCCGAGAGUUCAAGUAUCAGUCCAAGGAAUCCCAACUAUGGCCCAUUGUGAGAUUCACAAACGGUGUGGAGCGCGUGAUCUACGCACAUUGUUCGAUCACAGAGCUCGGAACUACGGAGCCCUUCAGCCUACUUUCUAAAACCCAAAUUCCUCUGAUCGCCGGCUGGGCCAUCACCAUCCACAAAUCGCAGGGCAUGACUCUGGACAAUGUAGUCGUAACGCUGGGCGAAUGCUUCGCUCCGGGACAGGCGUAUGUAGCACUUUCUCGUUCGAAAAGCCUUUCCACAAUGAUCGUGCAAAGUCUGCCUAGUCAGCGGAAUCUACAGCCGGAUCCAGAUGUCAAGUCUUUCAUGGACAAAACUUUCGGAUGA